AUGGCGUUGGACAACUCAUUCCAGUUCACCACAGCGGCCGAUUGGGCUUUGGCCACAUACGAAGGAGGCAACUUCUCGACAGAGCUUUUCUCCAAUGCUUCCAAAAACACCACUGGGUCUCCUGACGACAUGAGCGGCAGUGUGUUCAUCCCUUUUAUCUAUUUUGUGGUGUGCGUCGUGGGACUCAGCGGCAACACCUUAGUCAUCUAUGUCAUCUUGCGCUACGCCAAAAUGAAGACGGUGACGAACAUCUACAUCCUCAACUUGGCCAUAGCAGAUGAACUCUUCAUGUUGGGGCUGCCCUUCAUGGCAAUCCAAGUGGCCAAGGCCUAUUGGCCCUUCGGCCAGGCAACCUGCAGGGUCCAGAUGACUGUGGACGGCAUCAAUCAGUUCACCAGUAUUUUCUGUCUGACCGUGAUGAGCAUCGACAGGUUUCUGGCCGUGGUCCAUCCCAUCAAGUCGUCUAAAUGGCGCAAACCACACGUCGCCAAGUUGAUCAACGGGGCAGUUUGGAUACUCUCGCUGUUGGUCAUCCUUCCCAUCAUGAUCUACUCCGGAAUACAGCCCUCCGAAGGAAAGGGCAGCUGUAACAUCAUCUGGCCAAGUACCAACCAGGCCUGGAAUGUGGCUUUUAUCAUCUACACUUUUGUCUUGGGUUUUUUCCUGCCUUUGACUAUCAUCUGCUUCUGUUACCUCAUGAUCAUCGUUAAGGUGAAGGCUUCGGGAAUUCGCGUGGGCUCCUCCAAGCGCAAGAAGUCAGAGAAGAAAGUCACCAAAAUGGUGUCCAUCGUGGUGGUGGUCUUUGUCUUCUGCUGGUUGCCAAUCUACAUUAUCAACUUUGUGUCUCUCUCGCGGUCCUUCAGACUCACCAGGGGUAUGAAGGGGAUCUUCGAGUUUGUGGUAAUCCUCUCCUACGCCAAUAGUUGUGCCAACCCCAUCCUCUACGCCUUCCUGUCUGACAAUUUCAAGAAAAGUUUUCAGAAUGUACUUUGUUUGAAAAAAGUUGCUGGCUUCGACGAGGUAGAGCGCAGCGACAGCAGGCAAGACAAGUCUCGGCUUCAAGACGUGACAGACACCCAACGAACUCUCUUGAAUGGGGACGAUCUCCAAACCAGUAUUUGAAUGGAGUCACUCAUUCAGUUCUCCCCCUCCCCCUUCAGCAAGCAACAUGAUAUCUCAGCGCUCUCUGCAGUCACACCUAAUACUUCCAACCUGGUUUGGGAGAAGGGUCCUGUUGAGCCCUGAAUGAAUGGAGUUAGAAUAAGUAUAUACUCCUUGGCUUGAGAAUGGGUUAUGAUUUUGCAAAGAUCAUACGGUUAUAAUAAUGAACUAUUGCAACACAAGGUCACCCAUUAUAUGAACACACAGGAGCUCCAAAUCCCUGACUGACCAGAGCCUUGGAAUGUCCUCUUGACGUGAAA